AUGGCGCCGAAUCAAGGUCUUGUGCAUCCCACGGAAUACGACAUCAAGGACAGCAAUGUCGAGCUGAUUGGCACGGACAUUGAUCACAAAGUGAAAUACAACUCCGCCGCCACUGAGCCAGCCUGGAACGAAGGCGAGGUUGGCGAGGCCGUCGGCCUUCAUGUUUGGCGCAUCGAGGAUUUUGAGGUCAAGCCGUGGCCGAAGGAGAAGUACGGUCAGUUCAUGGAUGGCGACAGCUACAUCAUCCUCAACUCGUACAAGGUCGGCAGCAAAGACGACGCUGAGAAGCUAGGCCAUGACAUCUUCUUCUGGCUUGGAGCCCACACCUCGCAGGAUGAGGCUGGGACCGCGGCGUACAAGACCGUAGAACUCGACGAGUUCUUGCAUGGAGCCGCGACACAGCAUCGCGAGCUGCAGUCGGCGCCAUCUGAUGAGUUCCUGGAGCUAUUCCCUCGCAUCCAGAUCCGCUCCGGUGGCGUACAAUCUGGCUUCCGUCAUGUUGAGGAUGAGGAGCCCAAGGAGGAAAUCCUCACCCUGCUUCGUAUCUUUAAGAACCCGUCGGUCGGCGCCAACGGCGUUGUGGUUCAUGAAGUCGAGCCGACGUGGCAAAACUUGGACGAAGACGACGUUUUCGUGCUCGACACGGGCGACAAGAUCUGGCAGUGGCAGGGCAAAAGCUGCAGCCCGAUGGAGAAGGCCAAGGCUGCCCAGGUUGUGAAUGAUAUGACGCUGGCGAAGCACAUCGACGUCGAGGUUCUGGCUCAAGAGGAGUCGAGGUCUCGCGUCAUCGUUACUCUUCUCGGAGGCGGCGACGACACACCUCAGUCUGGAUUUCACUGCCCUAGACCAGUCAGGUCAGCAUCCAAGGCCCAUGCCGGUGAGCGACCGCAGAAGCUGUUCCGGCUCAGCGAUGCCUCUGGGGAGCUCAGAUUCGACCUCGUCAAGGACGGCAGCAAGGCUGCUCUCUCAGACUUUGAAGAGCAGGACGUCUUCCUGUUGGACGAUGCCGGCCGAGCCGUCUGGGUGUGGGAAGGACAAGGUGCAAGCAGGGGAGAGAAGGCCAACUGGCUUAGAGUGGCACAGGCGUAUGUCAGACAAUUGCAGGGAGGAUCCGAGGCCGAAGAGGCCCAUCUCACGCCUGUGGCCAAGGUGACUCAGGGCAACGAGAGCAGGGCAUUUUUGAAGGCCGUCGCAGUGUAG